GACGUUCAGAAUUACAAGCGAUGGUUUUUCAUUGAGAGUGGCGAUGCUACCAUGAGAUGGCGAACAGUUUCGCUUCUCGCAGCAGCAGUUCUGCGUGCUCUACCCUUCUUGACAACGUUGUCUUUGGCAAUAUUGCCUACCCUGGUGGAUGCUCGUGCCAUUCUAAACGAUGACCACGUUGUGCACACAUCCCUCGGUUCCAUACGAGGGAUACCUCAGAACUUUCAAGGUGAACGAGUCUCGGCGUUUCUAGGAGUACCGUAUGCUCGCCCACCAGUAGGUGCUCGACGAUUUGCCAAGCCGGAGAUGAUACAACCAUGGAGUGGUGGGUAG